AUGGGUUGCAUGAUUUCUUCCCGGAAAAAGAAACAGGCGACAAAAGGGUCGCCGGAAAACCGUCCUCGCUUCCACAUUCCUACAUCACAAACUAUAAUAGAUGAUGAUGAUCAAGCCCAGAAGGAUACAAAAUUGUUGAAGAUGAGUGAUAAAUUAGGACCCAAGGAGCUGAAGAGAGAGGAAAGUGUUCUUGUUGUUAAUUCUCAUCCUCGGUCAUCGGAAUUAGCUGCCUCCGGUUGGCCACCGUGGCUUAUCUCUGCCGCUGGUGAAGCGCUUGUCGGUUGGAUCCCUGGCCGUGAAUCUCACUUCGAGAAGCAAGAACAAAUUGGAGGAGGAACAUUCAGUAAGGUGUUCAAAGGUAGAGAUCUUCUCCGUAAUAAAACCGUAGCUUUGAAGAGAAUCCGAUUUGAUCUCAGCGACUCAGAAAGCAUCAAGUGUAUAGCCAGAGAGAUCAUAAUCCUGCGGAAGCUAGAUCAUCCCAAUGUCAUCAAAUUGGAAGGAUUAAUGCUAGUAGACCACGAUUCCUCUAUCCUCUACAUGAUCUUUGAGUACAUGGAACAUGACCUUUUGGGACUCUCUUCAUUACUCGGUGUCGAAUUCUCAGAACCUCAGGUCAAAUGCUAUAUGACGCAGCUCUUAAGAGGGCUUGAUCAUUGUCACACCAAUCAUGUACUUCAUCGAGAUAUAAAAAGCUCGAAUCUUCUCAUAAACGGAAAUGGAGUCCUCAAGAUUGCGGAUUUUGGGUUAUCAACGUUCUUUGAUCCUCAUAACAGUGUUCCAUUGACUACACAUGUUGUAACUCUAUGGUAUCGACCUCCUGAGCUUUUGCUUGGAGCCUCUCAUUACGGUGUUGGGAUUGACUUGUGGAGCACAGGCUGCGUAAUCGGUGAAUUAUACGCUGGAAAGCCUAUUCUUCCUGGGAAAAACGAGACAGAACAACUGCAAAAGAUAUUCGAGUUGUGUGGAUCGCCUUCAGAGGAUUAUUGGACAAAACUAAAGCUACAGCUUCCAACUCCAAUGAGACCCAUGUUUCCAUAUGGUUCAAAUAUAGCAGAGACAUUCAAAGAGUUUCCAAGUCCUGUUAUUUCGCUUCUAGAGACUUUGCUCUCAGUAGACCCAGAUUUUCGAGGGAGUGCAGCUAGUGCUCUCAAGAGCGAGUACUUUAAAACUGAGCCAUUGGCUUGUGAUCCAUCUUCUCUACCAAAAUACCCACCCACUAAGGAAAUCGACAUUAAAAUGCGCGAUGAAACUAGAAAGCAAGCUUCUCAAAGUAGAAGAAUAGAUAAACCUCAAGCUGUCCAGCCAAUUAUAUCGGAUUCUUCUCUCAGAGAAGCGGUGCAGAGCAAAUGUCCAGAUUCCAGGAGCACAGACAAUUCAUUUACUAAGUCUUCCGAGGAAGACGAGAAUUUGACUUCACCGGAUCAUUCUACUAGACAUAUGCAGACAAAUAAGGACAUGACAACCGAGGAUGAAUGUGGAGAUGAAGUCUCUGACACAGAUUUAUCUCGACACAAUCAGAAUCUAGGAGGGUCGAUGAAUAUGGAAGACGACAUACCUUGGCCAAUGAGUCCAUCUAGAGAUAACUCAACAUCAGUUCUGCCUAGCGUUUAUGAGAAUGGAACAACUAAGGACAUGACAACCGAGGAUGAAUGUGGAGCAGAAGUCUCUGACACAGAUUUAUCUCGACACAAUCAGAAUCUAGGAGGGUCGAUGAAUAUGGAAGACGACAUACCUUGGCCAAUGAGUCCAUCUAGGGAUAACUCAACAUCAGUUCUGCCUAGCGUUUAUGAGAAUGGAACAUCUUCAUCGGCGAUAGUAGGCAUCAAACACACCCUGACUGAGGAUUGUACUGUCAAUUAGAUUCAAUAGUAAAAGAAUAGAACAGAUUCAAGCACAAAUAAACAAUAUUCUUGGCCAGUAUCUUGUUUUUAUUCCAAAAAAGAAAAAGAAAAUAGAAUCAAAGAGAUACAAUGAGUUUCCCGAUUUGGGAGGAAAAAUUA